AUGCCGCCGAACGCAAUCGAAGCACAAACCGAGUCCACCGCUGCAGGAUCCAUGCAAUGUCUUCUGGAAGAAGGGCGAAGCGGCAAGGAGUACAGCACUAUUGCGAAGGAGGCUGACGCUAGGGUGGUGAAGAUCAAGUCAGGCUUGACCAGCGUCUUGUUUGCUUUCGCCUUCUGUCUUGUGGUGGUCAUCUUGCUGUACCUGAUCAUUGUCGAUCCGGACCAACUAAACAGGAUUAUAGAGUCACUCAGAUUCUGGUGA